GUUACCCACACACUCUUGGCCCUCCCUCCUUCCCUCCCUCUUUUCCUCCCUCCCUCCCUCCCUCUCUCUCUCUGGUCUUUGUUUUCUUUUUCUCUGCACUCUCCCCCCCUACACCCCUUUUGCUUUCCUCUUUGAGUCUCCCUCUCCAUCUGCCUACACAGCUCAUAUUUCACCCCAGUCCAUUUGUCCCCCAGCUCCCCAGUCCCCAUAAGGACUGCAGAACCAUGGCCUCUGGGGAGGACAGACAGAACCUAAGGAUCUCCUCUCAAUAUCCUCUGAUUGGCUUUGUCACCGGGCUAUUUGCUGGUUUCCUGGUGUUUUCUCUGGUUUGCUGCAUUUUCUACCGACAUUGCUGUAAUGUCCACUGUGAGACUGAGAAUGACAAACUUGAGGGAAUUCAUACAGCCCAUCUCCUGCUCAACCACACAGGAUUUCGUCAAGAUGACACCCUGCAGUGGCAAGGGGAUCCAUCCCUGGGCCGCUCCUUCCUAUAUGGCCUCAUUUUGGCCCAGGGUUCCUUGCAGACCCAGCGCAGUGGUAUUUACAGCAUCUAUGUCCAAGUGACUCUGGCCGAAUGCGUCCAGGCCAGCGUCCAAGGCAAUCAACUUGGGGAGGUCAAAGCCUCAACCUUGACCAUUGGCAUCCUUUCUGCUCAGAGCCGCCAUUCUAGCCUCCUCCGAAGACACUUCCAGGGCAGAUGUUCUCUGAGCGCCAGCCUCCAGGUGAAUCUCAGUCACCAGGACACCCUCUAUGUCAACCUGACACAUCCCAUUAAGCCCUCACCCAAUGCUGAUGAGACUUUCUUUGGAGUCUCUUGGCUACGUCCAUCUCUUCCUGUAGAAUACGAAUAGUCCUGGACUUUCAAGAUAUUGUAACCCAGGCUAGGUGGAUUCCCUAACAGCUGCUACCAAGGAAGAGACCAGAACAGCAGCUCCCGACUAAAGGCCCAGCCUUACUCCACCUCAUUCUUUUGAGGGCAUUCUAAGUGGCAACCCAAAUGAACUCUGUGCUUUUCCCUCAAUUUGGUCUUAGAUCACCAGGCUCUGGGUAGUCAUGCAGGUUCUUUUCUCCUGUCUGGUAUUGACUUUCUUCUAAGUUCUAGCUGGCAUGGGCAUUGUACCCCCCAAACUCAGGCAAACUGUUAGCAGGGAAAUUCCUUUGCUCCCCUAUGCCCUUGUGACUCCUAACCCCAAACAUCUGAUGAUUCCUAUAAGACCCUGAGAGAAUUAUCCUCCUUGGAUCAUCCUUUAGGUGGACAGAGAGAUGCACCUCCUUGAUAUCAUCAAGUUAUAUCUCAGACAUCCAUCUGUCCCCUAAACUAUGGGGGUCACCCCCUAUGCCUCUAGGCAGACCUGGUCAGAUGACCAAACCCCCAAGAAAAUGCCUGAGUGUUUACCACUCUAGAGUCACCAUGACACAGCAUCAUGUCUACACUGUGGUAAAGAGUAUAAAAUUCCCAGAAUUGAUGGCAUGGGGGGUGUGGGGAGGGACAGCUUUUCCAUCCAUGCUGUCCUCCCAAGGAGCAGUUCCCCAUCUUGCUGUUCCACCUUGCUAUCCUCCUGGCUGUUCUCAUCAUUACUUUCCAAAUUAAUAAAUUUCUCUUUUUAUUUUUAAGCUAAGUUUUGGAGUCCUGCAUCUUGCAAAAGGUACCCUUCCCGAACGACGGGGGUUCACCUCUAGUACCCCACAACAUAGCUUCAGAAUUCUCUUCCUUCAAGGUUUGGCUCAAAGCACUAUCUCCUUUCUAAAGCCUUCAUUGAUUUCCUCAGUUAAACCAGUCUCUCUUCAAAUUUUCUCCUAGCAUCUUAGCUGAUCUUUUCUUUGUCACCCUCCCUUGCAAUAUACCAAUCUGUGCACAAAAUGGUACACAGUAGAAUGUAAACUUCUUGGGGUCUGGAAAUGAAACUCAGGACCUGAGGCCAUUGUUUGAAUUUUUGUAUCUCUAGUACUUGAAUUUUAUGCAUAGUAGGAAUUUAAUAAAUAUUGAAUAUACUAAUUGGGAUAAUCCAGCUCCCUUAGAGAUGAGCUAAAA